GAGGAAGUUGCUGUGAGCGAGUUUGUGUCAGUUCUGCUUGUGAGUUUGUUUCGGUUUAAUAAGGAAGGUGCCAGGGUCAGAAUCCCAGAGCUUGUCUUCUGAGCAGCCAUGGCAUGCCGAGGCUUUGCGUUUCCUCCAAUGUUUUUCCUCCUUGGACUGUUCUGGUUUCUACCACCAGCAAGCGCCCAGACGACAAACAGAAUUGGUAAAUUCUCAGGCACAUGUCAGACUGAGACUCUGGGAAGAGAAUUCAUCACCUCCUUCAUGGAGGACUGUGGGAACUCUAGUCAAUUUGAAGUGCAAAUUACUGGUUACUUUGCCUUCACUUCAGUGUCUGUUUCCAUCUCCAAUUACACGGAUGACGGGGCAAGGUUUGAGAAUAAGACUAUGGUAAAUCAGGGAGAGAUGGUGCCAGUCAGGCUACCAGAGUCAGUGGGAGUUAAGGGCACUACCAAGUUCUCCAAGGUGGUCCUAGUCAAGGCUGACAAAGAUAUCUCAGUAGUGUCUGUCAGCAACAAACAUGUGAGCCCUGAGACCACUGUGCUGUAUCCUGUCUCCAGCUUGGGAAAUGAACACUACGUAGUGACUCCCUCCACGGAAUCCUUCGAUAGUUACCCAGAGUUCUCUGUUAUAACGUACCAAGAGACCAACUCCGUGAAGGUCCAUGUGAAAGGCAAGUUACGUUACCUAACACAGGUUUACUCCACUGGCAGCAACCUGGGAAUUAAGCUCCUCAGUUUCCAAGGCAUCCAGUUACAAGGCAUAGAAGAUGUGUCUGGCACCAGGAUUGUCUCAGAAAAGCCAGUGGCCGUCUUGGUUGGCCAGGUGUGUUUCUGUAAUAGCACAAAAUGCAACCACGUCUUUGAGCAGCUCCUACCAGUCUGCAGCUGGGGAACAACAUACAUCAUUCCUCCCUUACCCUGGCCGAAAGUAAAUGACAUAGUCUAUAUCACUGCUUCCCAGAGCACAACUGUGUUGUAUCAACAAGGGGAACAGCAAGAGAAUGUUACUCUAACAGGAGGCAAUGUACUCCAACUUCCUGUCAAGCCCUCAAUCCCAGUCUACAUCUCUGCUAACGUGGGCAUCCAGGUGGUGUUCUACAGACUGGGCGCAGCUAACCCUAAUUCCUCCCACGCCUUCCUGAUGAAUGUUCCAGAUGUUGCCAGUUACUGCCUGAUGUAUUCUAUAAAUGAGCAGGAGGGCUUCAAGAACUUUGCCUUGAUGGUGGCCAAUACAUCAGAGACUGGUGCCAUCAUCUUAGACAAUCAGCCUCUAAGGGAUAUGGAGUGGAAGCCAGUCCCUGGCACUGAGUUCGUUUGGGGCAUGCAUACGCUUGGACGUGCCAUGAGAUCCCAUGCUGUGGAACAUGCCAGCUCUCCAUUCGCACUCCUGAGUGUUGGCACUGCUGCCAUGGACAGCUAUGGGAUUCCGGGUUCCUGCAGGAAGAAUGUUACCUUUAAAUGCCAGACUGAGACUCAACAGAUAAAAGAGCAGUUGAAGAGGUGCAAAGAUGUCUUUCAGUAGGGCAACACCAGUGAAUUUUGCUCCUUCAUGAAUUCAACCUUAGUGAAUUUGGAGACCAUGUGUGCAGAGGACAGAGCAGCAUCGCUGGAGCUAUCGAGACGCUCCUCGUUCCAGCGGCAGGUCGCUGUGAUGAGGUCUUCAGGCUGAGAGGUCAGGAGGAGACAAUGGACAUUCACUGCAAUGCCGUCGCCAGAGCAGCCACAGAAGUGUUUCUCAGGCCGUUGAGCUCUGCAGAGCCCUUCAUUCCUGGCUGUCCCGCAGCAUGAAAACCAACCCAUGUGGGGCAGGGAGGAGAGAGAAGCUUUGAUGGGCAUAUGAAUUGGUCCAGAGAAUGGAAAGAUCAGAGAUCCGUCGGCCCAACACAUGAUGUCCUGAUGAUGAGCCCAGCUAGGCCCCAGGUUGACGUGUGUGACUUCCUGGAAUGGAACCAGGAUAAUAUUGACCAUUUUUACUCCAAUUUUCAGGCCAGUAUGACGUAACUGGGACUGGUUCUUAAUUCUUUAGCCCCAGGGAAAGCUCCUCACUAACCAACCCCUCUGCCUCUCCUAACCAAGAAAAAUUAUGGCUUCAGCUCAGUGCCUUUCACCUAGGGCUGUGUACCGAGCUGGAUAACGUGCAGUAUGGGGGUACGAUUUCUUUAGAGCAUUAACUAACUGUGCAUUAAUUGGUCCAUAUGGACCCUACUAGUUUGCACUAAAGAUUCCCUAGUGUGCUUUAAUGUACGUUAGUGCACUUUAGGAAUCACACUCCCAUAGUGCACGCCAGAUGUUUCCAACACAGAAGUGCUUCUGUGGAAGAAGAGGGAGGAGGCCACAUAUUCGAGUGGUUAAAGCUCAAAAUGCUAGCCAGGACUCCUGGGUUCUUUUCCCAGCUCUGCCCCAGACUCGCUGUGACCUUUGGCACCUGGCGUGCUCUUUCUUUGUCUCAGUGUCCCUGUCUCUACGAUGAGGCAUCAUUUCAUGU